AUGUCCUGUACUUCGAAGGACGAAAAAGAACGAAAAGUCGCAUCACCAUGUCGUAUAUCAUUGCAUGAGACGGAAAACGAUGAGAAAUUGAGGACAGCACCCCUCGAACCUUGUUUUGAGGAAGUGGUAGACGCUAAGCCACGUACCUACUGCAACGUUUUAUGUCCAGGUGCAGACACGGUGUACCUCAUCAAACGGCAUCCGCAGAAUCAUAGAAGUUGUUUCGCACACUUCACGUACAAGAUUGAAAAGAGGGGAAGCGACUUCUACAUGUGGAGGAACGGAAAGUGA